GGGUGGCGCCGUGGUGCAGGGGGCGGCCGGGGCCGGGGGGAACGGUGGCGAGGGCUCUGUGCGCCCGGGAACCCGACCUCUGCGCCCCGAGCAAGAUGAGCGAGGCGGAUCAGGCCCGGGUGGGGCCCACGGCUGAAGAGCCCUCGCCGUCCCCCGAGGAGGAGGGCGAAGGGGGCGGGAAGGAGCCGACGACCGAAGCGGCCCCCGGGCCCAGCGCCGCGUUCCGCCUCAUGGUGACUCGGCGGGAGCCGGCCGUGAAGCUGCAGUACGCGGUGAGCGGCUUGGAGCCACUGGCCUGGUCGGAGGACCACCGCGUGUCGGUGUCCACGGCCCGCAGCAUCGCCGUGCUGGAGCUUAUCUGCGACGUGCACAACCCGGGCCAGGACCUGGUGAUCCACCGCACCUCGGUGCCCGCACCGCUCAACAGCUGCCUCCUCAAAGUUGGUUCAAAAACAGAAGUUGCUGAGUGCAAGGAGAAGUUUGCUUCCUCUAAAGACCCCACCAUCAGCCAGACUUUCAUGUUGGACAGGAUGUUCAACCCCGAGGGGAAGGCGUUGCCCCCAAUGCGGGGCUUCAAAUACACAAGUUGGUCUCCCAUGGGUUGUGAUGCAAAUGGCAGGUGCCUCUUGGCAGCACUGACCAUGGACAAUCGCCUGACUGUGCAGGUGAACCUCAACAGACUCCAGUGGGUUCAGUUGGUUGAUCUGACUGAGAUUUAUGGAGAACGUCUUUAUGAAACCAGUUAUAGACUCUCUAAAAAUGAGGGUCCAGGGGGAAAUCUUGGAGAUUUUGCUGAGUUUCAGAGGAGACACAGCAUGCAGACCCCAGUCAGAAUGGAAUGGUCAGGAAUCUGUACCACUCAGCAAGUCAAGCACAAUAAUGAGUGCCGGGAUGUGGGCAGUGUGCUCCUGGCUGUCCUCUUUGAGAACGGGAAUAUAGCUGUGUGGCAAUUUCAGCUGCCAUUCGUGGGAAAGGAGUCCAUCUCUUCAUGCAACACCAUUGAGUCAGGAAUCAGCUCCCCAAGUGUUUUGUUUUGGUGGGAAUAUGAGCACAAUAAUCGGAAAAUGAGUGGCCUUAUUGUAGGCAGUGCUUUUGGACCGGUGAAAAUUCUCCCCGUCAAUCUCAAAGCAGUCAAAGGCUACUUCACUUUAAGGCAGCCUGUUGUCUUGUGGAAAGAAAUGGACCAAUUGCCUGUGCAUAGCAUCAAAUGUGUGCCACUUUAUCAUCCUUACCAGAAGUGUAGCUGUAGCUUAGUGGUAGCAGCAAGAGGCUCCUAUGUGUUCUGGUGUCUUCUUCUGAUCUCAAAGGCUGGUCUGAAUGUUCACAACUCCCAUGUCACAGGCCUUCACUCACUGCCUAUCGUCUCCAUGACUGCAGAUAAGCAGAAUGGAACAGUGUACACCUGUUCUAGUGAUGGGAAGGUGAGGCAGUUGAUUCCUAUUUUCACAGAUGUUGCAUUGAAGUUUGAACACCAGCUUAUUAAACUCUCGGAUGUAUUUGGCUCAGUGAGGACUCAUGGCAUUGCAGUGAGCCCCUGUGGUGCUUAUCUGGCCAUCAUCACCACUGAGGGCAUGAUCAAUGGCCUCCAUCCCGUGAACAAGAACUACCAGGUCCAGUUUGUUACUCUCAAGACCUUUGAAGAAGCAGCUGCUCAGCUCUUGGAAUCUUCAGUUCAGAAUCUCUUUAAGCAGGUGGACUUAAUUGACCUAGUCCGCUGGAAAAUUUUAAAAGAUAAACAUAUUCCUCAAUUUUUACAUGAAGCUUUGGAAAAAAAGAUUGAGAGCAGUGGGGUCACCUAUUUUUGGCGGUUUAAGCUUUUCCUCCUAAGGAUUUUGUAUCAGUCAAUGCAGAAAUCCCCUUCAGAGGCCUUAUGGAAGCCCACCCACGAGGACUCAAAAAUCUUACUGGUUGAUUCACCUGGGAUGGGCGAUGGUGAGGAUGAACAGCAGGAAGAAGGCACUUCCAAGCAGGGGACCAAGGCUGGCCUGCAGGAGAGGAGCAAAGAGGGUGACACAGAGGAGCCCCCCGAAGACUCACUCACUGCCAUGGGAGACACCGGAGGCCGUGAACCCAUAGAGGAAAAGCUCCUUGAGAUCCAAGGGAAGAUUGAGGCUGUGGAGAUGCACCUGACAAGGGAGCAUAUGAAGCGGGUCCUCGGAGAAGUGUACCUGCAUACCUGGAUCACGGAGAACACCAGCAUACCCACCAGGGGACUCUGUAACUUUUUGAUGUCUGACGAGGAGUAUGAUGACAGAACAGCACGGGUCCUGAUUGGACAUAUCUCCAAGAAGAUGAAUAAGCAGACCUUCCCCGAGCACUGCAGUCUGUGUAAGGAGAUCUUGCCAUUCACGGAUCGCAAGCAGGCAGUUUGUUCCAAUGGGCACAUCUGGCUCCGGUGCUUUCUAACCUACCAGUCCUGCCAGAGCUUGAUUUACCGACGGUGUUUGCUUCAUGACAGCAUUGCCCGGCACCCUACUCCAGAAGAUCCUGACUGGAUUAAGAGGUUGCUACAGAGCCCUUGCCCUUUCUGUGAUUCUCCUGUCUUCUGAGUGUUUGUGAGGAGGAUAGAGGAACAUGAACGUGGGUGUAGAAAGUGCCCUGGAGCCUGAGGAGCAGGUGUGCUGGAGGACCUGGUGCGGGGCAGUGGAGAGACACUCUUCUGACUGGAAGCAGGGAGGUCUUCCUUGAGCUCAUUUCGCCAGCACAAACACUAUCUUCAGGAACUGAAGUCAUCUUUUAAAUGACCAAAUGUAGAGAGUUUGAGUCAUUUUGAGGUGAACAUUAGCCACCCUCAGCUCCUCAUCCAAUGAAGACAACUUACUUUUCAAGUGUCUUGCCUAAAGCAGUUGAGCAGAAGCCUUCUGCUCCUUGAGACAUAAUGGGCUCUACCAGAGAAUCUGAGGAACUCGCUGUGACUUAGAUUUUGCUUUGGUCUGGAACUGCCUGUGGCUCCAAAGGACUCAGAUUGGUUGGUACGUGAUACUCCCUGUGCCAAUACAUCUUAAAGUGUCUAAAGCUGUGUGUGGCUGGUGUUUGCUCAGCAGACUCAUUUGUUCAUUGACUUGUUUCCAUACACAUGGAGUACAUUUUCCUAAAACUAUAUUUUUGAAGCCAAGAAAUAAAAUCAAUCUUGAUGUAUCAAAUGAUCAGGUGACUAUUAGAAGUUAAUAAUUGUCAUUUAUUUUUAUCUCCUGUGUCAUCAGAUUUCCUGACCCAGCUCCUUAGUAUGUCAGAAGAGAUUGACCCCUUUCCUAAUCACAGCCCCACAUUAUCCCCAACUGUGUAACCUAGAUAUCCGUACAUAGAGGGGAAGUAUUUUCUUCUUUUAGUAUUAAAUUGAAGCUUCAGUAUUUUUAACAUUGACUGAGUCAGAUGUCUUACUGAGUAUCUGGGGAGAAAGGUGGCCUACAGAUUUCUGGAGAGAGGUGCAACAUGGAGUUGGAGGUCCUGGAGCUCUGCUGCAAGCACAUGCAGCUCAAGUGGACAAACCUAGGAAUUUCUCUCCUGCCAAAGGGCCUUAAUGUUUGAAAUACAGGUAUUUUUCUGUGGGCGUACAGAGGAGACACGCACACUUGUUUGACUGCUAGUUCUUCACCAGACCUGAAUGCAUUCUGGAACCAUAGUCUUUGGUUUUUUUAAAGUACGUUUCCUGGGAUUGGUGCUAAUGAACUGGAUUUAGUACACACAUUCUGAAAUUUUACAUGUUUUUGGAAAGUAGGGUGGAAAGUAUACAACAUGAAAUGCUUUGCUCCUUCAUGAUCCUUUCUUGCUUUUAUUUUAACAUACUUUCCUGCUUUGAUUUUAUAUCCGUAGUGAAAGACGUUCUGUCCUCACUUCAGAAAUACUGUCUUGGUACUUGGGUACCAUAGUGAGAGAUGAGACCACAUGCCAUCCUGCCAUACUUCCCACCUCAAAAAAAUAGCUCCACACUGGGGACAGACCCUAAGACCAGCAUCUAUCCAGACCAGAGGGGCAGCAAAGAAAGAGCCCUGAUUGACCCAAUUCAGACUAUACAUGGCUGUAGCACAGCCUAUAACUGUCACUCUUCAUGGAAACAUGGCAGGAGUGGAGAUACUGAUAAUUGUCUCCACUCUGUCAACCACGCAUGCCGAGUUUUCUCUCUCUUGCUCUUUGGGAUCAAACUCCCUAGGUGUUUUCACAGGGAAAUUUGGUUAUUAACCAUUUAAAACUGGGAGUGAUACCAGGGUCUUGUAGUUGCCUCUUCCAUCUUGAACUUGCCUGUGCUACGAGGUGGAGUUGAGGUAGCUGUUUUAGCAUGGGAAGAUGAGUAGCCAUAGAAUUGCUGCCCUGCAUUUAGAAGGCUGAAUUAACUGUUUAAAGCAGUUGCUCAGUUUUGAGAAAUUUUAACAGUUAGGGGUAAUGAAAUUUCUAAGGUCUGUGCUUGUGUCCAGAAAGAUGGCAACUGGAACACAAGCUCAGUAAGAGACUUAGCCCAGCAGCAUUCUUACCACAGCCAAGUGUCUCCACAGCUAGUAGGGAUGCUUCCCUCCCCUCCAGUGCCCUCCCAACUCCCACCACACACCAAUGUUAAUCUUCAGAGCAGGGUGAACAAGAGAAUUUGGGAUUGAUGGCAGCCUCCUACAUAGGGCACUUCUGAAUUCUUCUCUAAGGGUUAGUAUAGAGGACCCUGGAGGGUUGAUGGAGGGGCCUUGGGAGACUGGGAGCGACACCAGAGUCUGGUAGUUGCCUCUUCCAGCUUGAACUUGCCUGUGCUAUGUGGUGUUGAGGGAGCUUUCAGUUGCAGCCAUGGUAGCUGUUUGAGCGUGGGAGGAAUACUAGCCAUCGAUUGCUGCCAUGCAUUUAUAAGGCUGAAGCCGGCUCUACAGAGACCACACAAGCUGCUACACUGCUAUGUAUCAGGUCUUCUCUGCCUGGGCUUAUUUGUUUCUGUCAUUGUAGGUAUGAAAUGGGUAGCUUGUUCUAGUUGGUGUUCAUGCCGAAGUCCUGAUAUGUUCACCCCUAGACUUGAAACUGUCUUUACCUACUACUAGAUCUGCCAGAAGCUGUCGUGAGCACCAUCGAAGUCUGUGGUCAGAUGUAGCACGUUCCUGCUUGUCCCUCUAGGCUCUAGCAAGUUUUUAAGAACAUCUGUGUAAGCUGGGCGGUGGUGGCGCACGCCUUUAAUCCCAGCACUCGGGAGGCAGAGGCAGGUGUAUCUCUGAGUUCGAGGACAGCCUGGUCUACAAGAGCUAGUUCUAGGACAGGCUCCAAAGCCACAGAGAAACCCUGUCUCGAAAAACCAAAAAAAAAAAAAAAGAACAUCUGUGUAGAAGGCUAGACCUAGCAACAAGCUUAGCAAGUUAAUUGGAUUGGGAAAGUUUUAUUUCUGUUGGUUUUAUUUUGUUUUUGAGACAGGGUCUCACUAUGCAAUAGUCCUGGCUGUCCUGGAACUUCCUUUGUAGACUAGGCUGGCCUUGAACUCAAACAUAUGCCUGCCCCUGCCUCUUAUAUUGGGAAAGUUUAAUCAUUUGCUUUGCUAUAUUAGUAUCAGAUAAGGUGCAGAUGGUAGAAUACGGCCUGGUCUGGGAGCCCUGCACCCCUGGCAACAGCUAAAUGGCCUGGGUUUCUUGAGUGGCUGCAGUUCCUGAAAUGGACUAGAUUUGGGUUCUGGUCCUCCCCUUCUUGCUUUACCUUCCUCAAGAGGUGGCAUUAGGCUGCUUUUUAGGGCCAGAAAAAUGUAUAAUGAUAAAAUUUCUAAAGGCUAAGCCAUGUUGUAAUUCUUCCUAGAAGAAACAAUGGGGAAUGUCUAAUCAAGGAGCUGACUUUGAGCACUUUGGUACCACAGUGUUGCUGUCUAUUCUGAGCAGAACGGAGUGCACUCCAAGUCAGCAUGGACACCCCCCCCCCCCCAACAGUCAAUCAGAGAUAAGAGCUCUUUCACUUUAGACUUCAGGAGUCACAGGCAGGCUUUGGCAGCCACUCGUGGUAUGUUCUGGUAGAGAGCAGCCUUGCCUUCCCCUUGGGUUGUCUGGCUUUAGUUACUGUGGAGCAUCAGUGCCCCCACACACUUUAGACAGUGCCUCACACUCUCUGUUACUAGACCCUCAACUGCUCUCUCUUGAAGCUGACGAGUUCUUGAAGUUAAAUCUGCUUUGUGUCUGCCAGUCAAAAAUGGAACUACACUUAAGGUAGCCUUGCUUCUAGCUGCCUACAGACAUGGCAUCUCUGCCCGAGUAGCAGGCAGAAAUCACUGUUCAUGGGUUUUAUUCCUCAAAGUCAUGUUUAUGUUGAGGGAAGAGACGCUGAUGCAGUCAUGAGUUUAGUUAGAGCCAGAUGUUCACCAGCAAGGCCUAACUAUUCCUUCAUGGGAAUUGAGCUGAGCAGAGGAGGAGGAGGAUGCAUCCCAAUCACUCUGUAGGCUCUCAAGCAGAUUCGAGGUUCUGGGUUGAGCAGAUCACACCUCAGAGUUCUGGAUCUCCUGUUUGUUUUUAAGAUUAAAAGUUCCUUAUCUCAAGGCUGAGGGUGUAGCUCAGUAGAUGGAGCACUCAGGAGGCCUCAAGUUCCAUCCUCAGCACUGGGGGAGAGGAAGGGCUGUUUACUGUUUACAUCACUGUCAUGAAAUUCUGUUGUUUUCAUAAAGAAAAAUACUCUAAAGUAGAUUGGGUGAGUCAGCAUGAUGGCACACACCUAUGUUCUAAGCACUCAGGAAGCUGAGGCAGGAGGAUCAAGUUGAAGACCCGCCAGAGCUGUAUGAAAAGAACCUGCCUCAGAAAACCAACCCUGGCCAGAUUGUGCAGCAGAAGAGGUGGUGGUCAGGGCGUUGCGACGUUUUCAGCCCAGGUCUACAUUCGGCUGGCGGGAUAGGUGAGUGCCCGUGUUCUCACUGCCUCUCCGUAUGGUACUAAUAUAAAACCAAGUGUCCAUGAACUGUUUCCCAAGCCUUCAUUUCACUUUUGUAUUGAUAUGACGUGUGUGAGCAUCACACUUGUUCAAACAGAUGUCUGUUGUGCUUAGGUUGUACCCUCUGUUUACCCGAUGCUUGUACUAAAGUUUGUGCUUGGCUUUGGAUUGUAUGUUUACACCUGACUGUUUUUAAUAAAGAGAAAA